AUGGUCACUCCCGAAAACAAACUCCGCCAAAUGCAGGAGGAGAUGAACAGGUUCGAGGCGGAAAUAGCAAGCCAGAUAGCUGCGCCUGUUCCCGCUGCUCCCACUGUCGCUACUGUUGCUGCCCCAGCUACCCCGCUUACCGGUGGUUUCGCUUUUCCAUCUGCCACCGCUUUCAUUCCUCACUCUGUUCAGACGAAUCUUCAAGCCACUGCUGCUCUUCCAAUGCCUCCUGGCUUACCAAUGUAUGUCCCUUUGGUUCAGCAUACAAUCCCAACCUUCCAACCCACAAUGGCGCCCAUCCCCCCCGGUCCACUACCGGUGCAACACAAGACUGUAGUGACCAAUAUUACUUUGCCUACCAUUUCGAACACCUCUACAAUUUCCAAAUCAUCUCCCAGUGAAAUCGUGCAGAAGGUGAUCACAGCUCCUCCGCAGAUGGCUGGACCCGAUGAACUAGCUGCUCGGGCCAAGGAAGCUGCUGCUGUUGCCGCAAAAAGGCAGAAAUCAGUUUCAGAUGAUGAUGACGAUGACGUAACUAGAGCUCUACUUGCAGCAGCCGCCGGGGUCACUUAUACACGGGUCCAGUGUCCCAACGGAAAAGACGAUUUUAGAAUAUUCUGCGGAGACUUGGGUAAUGAAGUAUCGGAUGACACACUUGCUCGAGCCUUCAACCAAUACGCUUCGUUCACAAAGGCACGGGUAGUACGAGACAAACGCACGGGAAAGUCGCGCGGCUACGGCUUCGUUAGUUUCUCCGAUCCGGCAGACUUCACAAGGGCAAUGCGGGAAAUGAACGGCAAGUAUGUUGGAAACCGUCCAAUCAAGCUGAAACGUAGUGAUUGGCAAAGUCGGCAGUUGGAAACCCACCGCAAAAAAGAAAAAGAACGAAAAAAACUGGGACUGAAGAACUGACUACUGUAUUUUCUACUAGUUUAUUCUAUACAAAUUGCCUGUACAUUUUACCAUGCUUUUCGAGUUUUGACACCUUCAGUGGAUCCGGUUCCCCACAUGAUCCCAUUUGUUGCAGAGUGUGCUACUUCGAUCCGUGAGUAUUCGCUCUUGCACCACUUCUGCUUUACCAUGUCGGAUGGGACCAGUGCAUAAAGCCUAUCUUGACUUAGUAUCAAACGCGUUUUCUCUUGACUGUCCCUAAAUUCUCUUUUUCCGUUUAGUUUGGCUUUUCUUGACUGGUAUGUCU